AUGCCAUCGGCUUGUGGGUCUCUGAGGGGACCCCCCCCCAAUCCGACUGCCAAAUUCUCCGGACUGCCCUGGGAUAGUCUCCAAGCCCCUGAGUCUGGGCUGAGGCACGUUCCCCGGGUAAGCUCUCCACGGCGGGGACAGGGACACACGUUGGACCUCACCACGGAGGACUACCUGCAGGCUUGUGGAGCUGCUUUGCAGGAGUCCGGACCGCUGCAUGUCGUGCUGGCAAAUGAAGCCUGUGACGUGGACUCCAUGGCGCCAGCUCCCGCCCUGGCGUUUUACCUGGCAAAGACGACCGAGGCAGAGGAAGUUGUCGUGUCAGUUUUAAAUACGAAACGUUCAGAGCUACCUCUACGAGGGGACAACGUCUUCUUCCUUCAGAAGACUCACAUUCCAGAGUCCCUCCUGAUUUUCCGGGACGAGAUUGAGCUCCAUGCGUUGCACCAGGCUGGCCGUCUCAUCACCCUUGUUGACCAUCACGUCUUACCCACAAGGGAUGCAGCCCUAGAAGCAGUAGCAGAGGGGCCAGACCGUCGGCCCAUCGAGCAGAAACGCUGCCCUCCCUGCCAUGUUUCCGUGGAGCUGGUGGGGUCCUGCGCCACCCUGGUGAUGGAGCGGAUCCUGCAGGGGGCACCAGAGAUCUUGGAUGGGCGGACCGCAGCCCUUCCCCACGGAACAACCGUCCUAGACUAUGUCAACAUGGACCUUAACAUUGGGAAGGACCCCAAAGACAACAAACGUGUGGAGCAACUGGAGGCUCUCUUCCCAGAUCUGCCCAAGAGAAAAGACAUCUUUGAUUCUCUGCAAAAGGCAAAGUUUGAUGUGUCAGGACUGACCACCGAGCAGAUGCUGAGAAGGGAACAGAAGACCAUCACCAGACAAGGCCUCAAGGUGGCCAUUAGUGUAACACAUAUGGAUUUGGAGUCCUUCCUGCAGAGGUCUGGCCUCAUUGCAGACCUUCAUACUUUCUGCCAGGCUCACAGCUAUGAUGCCCUGGUUGCCAUGACGAUCUUUUUCAACACUCACUAUGAGCCAGUGAGGCAGCUGGCUAUUUUCUGUCCCCAUGCAGCCCUCCGAAUGACGAUCUGUGGAGUCCUGGAACGCUCACACUCUCCCCUGAAGCUGACCCCUGCCCCAAGCAGCCACCCCAACCUCCAAGCGUACCUACAAGUUAAUACCCAGGUCUCUCGGAAGAAACUUCUGCCUCUGCUCCAGGAAGGCCUGUCAGCGUAUUUUGACUCCAUGACAAUCCCUUUGGGGCAGCCUGAGACAGGGGGUGUGUCCAGGGAGCAGGUGGACAAGGAAUUGGACAGGGCAGGUACCCCACUGAUUCCUGGACUGAGUCAAGAUGAGGAGGAACCCCCACUACCCCUCACACCCAUGAACCGCUUGGUGGACGACUGCCGUCUGGAUCAGGGGCUGCCGACCCUCUCUGCGGAGGCCGUCUUUGAGAAGUGCAGUCAGAUCUCGCUGUCACAGUCCACCCGUGCCUCCCUGUCCACGAAGUGA